UUAACAACUCGCAACACAGACCUCCUUAAAAAUGUACAAGUUGGUGGUGUUGUCCGCUCUCGUAGCCGUCGUCGUGGCCAAACCCAGUGGAGUAGCGUACUCCGGCCUGGCUUACUCUGCUCCUGCUGUGCUUUCAGCUGCGGUAGUGCCAUCUGCCGUCAGCUCCUCCUACAGGACCGACAUCCACAGCAGCCCCUUGGUUGCCACUUAUGCCGCCCCUGCUGUAGUCGCUGCUCCCGUCGUCCAAAAAACCAUCGUCGCCGCUCCCGUAGCUGUACCAGCUGCCGUCAGCUCUACCUACAGGAAGGAUAUCAUCACUCCAUCAAUCACCGCUUACGCUGCCGCUCCAGUGUUGGCUCCAGUGGUGCAAAAAGCCGUUGUAGCCGCCCCUGUUGCCAUUCCCGCCGCUGUCAGCAGUUCCUACAGGAGCGACGUCAUCGAGAGCAAACCUGUGGUCAGCGCUAUCAGCUACGGUGCCUAUGCUCCAGCUAUCAAGGCCUGGUGAAGAGAGGACUGAUAGAACUGAAUCCAAAUCUGUAUAUAAAGAAAUGCGUGCUAUUUAUUAUUAAAAAAAAAUGUUUGCGA